AUGACCAAGUCACCCGCUGGAUCGAUCCACAAGCACGACCCCGAACUCGAGGCCUCCGUCGGCAAGGACGGUAUUGACUACACCCGCGUCAACCUCCUCCGCAACACAUCCGUCGCAAAGCUCUACGAGGAUGCCCUCCGCUACGAGCCCGGUACCUCCAUCUCUUCCGCCGGUGCCCUUGUCACCUCGUCCGGAAAGAAGACUGGACGCUCUCCCCGGGAUAAGCGUAUUGUUGAUGAGGACUCCACCAGCGAGGAUAUCUGGUGGGGACCCGUGAACACCAAGAUGACCGAGCAUGCUUUCUUGAUUAACCAUGAGCGUGCUGUCGACUACCUCAACACCCGUGAGCGUCUCUACGUUUUCGAUGGAUAUGCUGGUUGGGACCCUAAGUACCGCCUGAAGAUCCGUGUUGUCUGCGCUCGCGCUUACCACUCGCUCUUCAUGCACAACAUGUUGAUCCGCCCCACCGAGGAGGAGCUCAAGAACUACGGCGAGCCCGAUUUCACCAUCCUCAACGCCGGUGCCUUCCCCGCCAACAGAUACACCACCGGCAUGACCUCCAGCACCUCCGUCUCCAUCAACUUCAAGCUUCGCCAGAUGGUCAUUCUUGGAACUGAGUACGCUGGAGAGAUGAAGAAGGGUGUCUUCACCAUCAUGCAUUACCUCAUGCCCAAGGCUGGUGUUCUCUCCCUCCACUCCUCCGCCAACCAGGGACCCCAGGGCGAUACCUCUCUCUUCUUUGGUCUCUCUGGAACCGGCAAGACCACCCUCUCUGCUGACCCUGCCCGUGCCUUGAUUGGUGAUGACGAGCACGUCUGGACUGACACUGGAGUCUUCAACAUCGAGGGAGGCUGCUACGCCAAGACCAUUGAUCUUUCCGCCGAGAAGGAGCCCGAGAUUUUCGGCGCCAUCCGCUUCGGUUCCGUUCUCGAGAACGUCGUCUUUGACGAGGACACCCGUGUCGUCGACUACUCUGACAAGUCCCUCACCGAGAACACCCGUUGCGCCUACCCCAUCGAGUACAUCCCCAACGCCUUGAUCCCCUGCGUUGGAAACAUGCCCAAGAACAUUGUCAUGCUCACCUGCGACGCCCUCGGAGUUCUCCCCCCCGUCUCCAAGUUGACCUCGUCCCAGGCCAUGUACCACUUCAUCUCCGGUUACACCUCCAAGAUGGCCGGUACCGAGGAUGGUAUCAUCGAGCCCGAGGCCACCUUCUCUGCCUGCUUCGGUCAGCCCUUCUUGGUCCUCCACCCUACCCAGUACGCCACCAUGUUGGCUGCCAAGAUCGAGGAGCACAAGGUCGAUGUCUGGUUGAUCAACACUGGCUGGAACGGCGGUGCCUACGGAACCGGCAAGCGUAUUGCCCUCAAGUACUCCCGUGCUAUUAUCGAUGCUAUCCACAACGGCGAGUUGAAGAGCGCAGAGUACGAGACCUACCCCAUUUUCGGCCUCGAGAUCCCCAAGACCGUCACCGGUGUCCCCGCCGAGGUCCUCAACCCCGCCACUGCCUGGCAGGGAACCCCCGAGACCUUCAACGCCACCGUCUCCAAGCUUGCUGGUUUGUUCAACGAGAACUUUGCCAAGUAUGCUGACCAGGCCACCGAGGAUGUCAUCGCCGUCGGCCCCAAGAUCUAA